ACCAACGGGCGGCGGUGGAUAAAAGGAAGGGAAGAUGGCGGCACCGCCACCAGCACAGCCGGCGCAGCAGCCUCCGCCACCGCCUACGGCCGGCGUUUCCGGCCCGGGAUCGGCUGGGGCCCCGGUUUCGGGGCCCCCACAACCUCAAGCGCCGCAGCAGCAGCAACCUUCUCAGGCGCAACUUGUAGCGGCCUCCCAGAUCCAGGCGGCACAAAGCGGGCUUCUGCAGCAGCAGCAACAGGACUUCGACCCUGUGCAACGUUACAAGCUUCUGAUUCCUCAGCUCAAGGAGAGCCUACAGAACCUGAUGAAGGUGGCAGCCCAGAACUUGGUGCAGAAUACCAACAUCGACAAUGGACAGAAGAGCAGUGAGGGCGGGCUUCAGCGUUUUGACAAGAGCCUGGAAGAGUUCUAUGCCCUCUGUGACCAGUUGGAGCUGUGCCUGCGCCUGGCCUAUGAGUGUCUGUCCCAAAGCUAUGACAGCGCCAAGCACUCCCCGACGCUGGUGCCCACAGCCACCAAGCCAGACGCGGUGCAGGCUGAGAGCCUGCCCUACCCGCAGUACCUGAGCAUGAUCAAGGCCCAGAUUGGCUGUGCCAAGGACAUACACAACGCCUUGCUGGAGUGCUCCAACAAGGUCACGGGCAAGCUGCCGGCCCCGGGAGGGCUCUGACCUGGGACCCGACCCUCGGGCUGCCCUUGGCCCACUGCAGCUGCUGGGCCUUCGGCGGGCCAGGCUAUUGGGGAGGAGGGCGGGGCUCCAAAGGGCGGGUUUGGACUUUUUUUAAAUUAAAGGUUCUUAAGUUA